AUGGCGAACCUCUCUAAAUCGUUCAAUGCAGUCAACCCACUCGCACUUGCUGCUUUAUUGCAGCCGAACCCCAAACUUGACCGUAUCGUGAGCUUCCUAAAUUCGGUACCAGGCACCGAUAAAGUAUUAAUGUUUAUCCAAUAUUAUUCAAAGAUAGUCAUAUGGUCUCUCCUUCGACUUGGCAAGAAGGAGCUUGCAGAGAGAGUCGCCAACUUUGCUAAUCCUGUUGGUGAUUUCAGGAUACUACUUAGAUAUUAUGGGUUACUACCACUUGUUCAAUGGAUGAUACACAUCGAACAUAAUCCACCACCAUCAUCAACCUUAUUAUUUAUAAAUCGCUUACAGAACCUCACAAUGAUUCUCUACUAUCCAUUGGAACAUAUCUGGUGGCUUGCAUACCACAAAGUCAUCGACGUCGCAGAAUCUAAAAUGAACAGAAUAGGUAUUUGGAGCUGUCGCUUUUGGGCCGCUUACGUCUUUUUGGAAUUUUGGGCAUUGGCCGAACAAUGGAAGUUAUUAAAGAAGAGAGAGAGAAGUAUUGUCAAGAAAGUAGAUGCCCAAGAAGUAGACAUUUUGAGGGAACAACAGGCAGUCCGAACGGAAAAGGAACAGAUCGUUAGAUCUACUUUGAUUAACGUCGGUUAUCUACCGUUGACCAUACAUUGGUCUCUCGAAAAUUCCUCAUUCCCCGACGUGGGCGUAGGUUUCUUUGGUACUCUCGCCGCUGUCUACCAGACGAUCGGAUGUUGGAAAUCCACCGCUUAG